AUGACUGAACCCGUGCGAACAUUGCCGUCCCCUACGCCUUCAAAUGCCCAAGGUCCUGUGUCGGACACCUACAAAGGGUGGCUCUUCAAAUGGACAAACUACCUUAAGGGUUACCAGCGCCGGUGGUUUGUCCUUAGCAACGGCCUGUUAUCAUAUUACAGGACUCAAGCAGAGAUGGCGCACACAUGUCGUGGCACAAUAACCAUGGCAACAGUACACAUAGAAGUAGGAGACACCUGCCACCUUGUGUUGACAAGUGGUGGGCGGAGCUACCACCUGAAGGCCACCUCAGAGGUCGAGUGCCAACGCUGGGUUUCUGCCCUGCGACAGGCUAAAGCAAAUGCCAAUCAGAUCAUGCUGCACUCAGACGACUCGGGUGACGAAGGUCAUUUGACCCAGUCCGACCGGGCCUUGACGCAGGGGGUGCUCAAGACUCUCGCUAGCAAGCUAGACGACCUCAGCACCUGUAACGAGCUGAUCGGGAAGCACGGUGCUGCUCUCCAGCGGUCCCUCAGUGAACUCGAGGAUCUGCGCACCCCUACUGACGGUACCGACAAACUUAAAGCUGUCAACGAACGGGCCACUCUCUUCCGCAUCACCUCCAAUGCUAUGAUCAAUGCAUGCCGGGACUUUCUGGACCUAGCAGAAGCGCACAGCCGGCGGUGGCAGCGAGCUCUACAGUAUGAGAGAGAACAGCGCCACCAUCUGGAGGAGACUAUCGAGCAGUUAGCCAAGCAGCACAACAGCCUGGAGAGAGCCUGGAGAGAAUCGCCCAGCACACACAACGGUAACACACACACACACACAUACACACACACAGAGGUGCGUGAGGGGCAGCAGGAGGAGGAUACGAGUGACGAGAAUGAGGAUAUCGAGUUUUUCGACGCCAUGGAGGACUCCCCUGCCUUUAUCACAGUGACUGCCACGGACUCGUCCCAUCACAGACUCUCGGGCAGUAGCCAGAGCAUUAUGAGUGGUGGAUUGCCUGGUGACUGGAGUCAGGAAAGUAACGUGAGUCCCUCGUGCGUCCACCCUCAGGACUCGUCCGGGUCCAACCACGUGCAGAUCCGCAGGGCCCGCCGCAGUCGUAUCCCGGAUAAACCCAAUUACUCCCUCAACCUGUGGAGCAUCAUGAAGAACUGCAUCGGCAAGGAGCUGUCCAAGAUCCCCAUGCCUGUGAACUUUAACGAGCCGCUGUCCAUGCUGCAGCGGCUGACUGAGGACCUGGAGUACAGCGAGCUGCUGGACAGGGCCGCGCGCUGCGACUCGUCUCUGGAGCAGAUGUGUCUGGUGGCGGCUUUCUCUGUGUCCUCCUACUCCACCACCGUGCAUCGCACGGCCAAACCCUUCAACCCUCUACUGGGAGAAACGUAUGAGCUGGACCGCAUGGAGGAGUACGGCUACCGCUCCAUCUGCGAGCAGGUCAGUCACCACCCGCCAGCCGCCGCCCAUCAUGUGACCUCUCAACGCGGCUGGACCCUGUGGCAGGAGAUCACCAUUGACAGCAAGUUCCGUGGCAAAUACAUAUCAAUCAUGCCGCUAGGCUCUAUCCACCUGCAGUUCCACUCCAGUGGUAAUCAUUACGUGUGGAGCAAAGUAACCUCCACAGUGCACAACAUAAUUGUGGGAAAACUCUGGAUUGACCAGUCUGGAGACAUUGAAAUAGUCAAUCACAGAACCAAGGAUACCUGUCACCUCAAGUUCUCUCCAUACAGCUAUUUCUCCCGAGACGUCCCACGCAAGGUCACAGGCGUUGUGACUGACAGCGAUGGCACCGCCCACUACAUCCUGUCGGGCACAUGGGACGAUAAAAUGGAGAGCGCUAAGAUCGUGGAGAGUAGCCGCGGCUGCGGAGGGUCAGAGGGCAAACAGAAGACCGUCUACCAGACCCUCCCUCCCAAACUGCUCUGGAAAAAAUACCCACUACCAGAGAAUGCGGAGAACAUGCAUUACUUCUCCUCCCUGGCCCUCACCCUGAACGAGCCGGAGGAGGGCGUGGCUCCCACCGACAGCCGCCUGAGACCCGACCAACGGCUGAUGGAGGCGGGGCUGUGGGACGAGGCCAACGCCCACAAACAGCGUCUGGAGGAACGACAGAGACUGGAGAGGAGGAAGAGGGAGGCGCAGGCUACACUUGCAUUGGAGGAAGGCAGAGAGGUGGAGAGCUACCAGCCGCUGUGGUUUGAGAAAAGAACAGACGCUGAGACGGGAGAGAGCAGCUAUGUCUACAGAGGAGGCUACUGGGAGGCGAAAGAGAGACAGGACUGGAGCCAGUGCCCCUCUAUCUUCUGA